AUGCGUUCGACACAGGAUAAAGACAUCUCGAUAAUUUGGACGAGCUUCUUGAUGAAAGUCGUAGGUCUUUGGUUGGCAGCUGAUCGAAAUGAACAAUUUCGCAGAGACUUCGCGUUGAUAUACACAGUCAGCGCGCUCUUCAUUAGUGUGUGUAUGGCAUGCAGAGACAUCUAUUAUACUUGGGGAAACCUUAGGGAGUGUGUUUUUAUCGUUUGCAAUAUUUUAUACGUGGCGAUGGUUCUGUUAAAAAUCGGCAUUUUGUACUCGCAUAAAAUGGAAUUCUUUAAGUUGGUUACAUUCACACAGCAGAACUUCUGGCGUCCGCAUCAGGAUCCGCAAGAAAUGAUAAUUUUAACCGGGUGUAAGAAGGUAUGCACCGUCACCAUUAUUAUUAUCAGCUUCUGCUGUCAAGGCAGUUGUGCAGGAUAUCUGAUAUCUCCACUUAUAGGAAAUAUGGGGAAAAAUGAAUCUGAUAGAGCAUUGCCAUUCAACCUGUGGGUAGACUUUCCUGUAUCACUCUCUCCUUACUUUGAAAUACUUUUUACUAUACAGAUACUUUGCGUGUACCACGUCGGUAUAUGUUACAUUUGUUUCGACAAUUUCUUGUGCAUCGUGAAUUUCCACGUUGCUAGUCAGUUUCGUAUAUUACAAUACAGAUUGAAGAAUUUGCAUAACGUGAUUAAGGUACAGUUAAACGAUCAAGAAUCGGACACAAAAGUAUCUCGUUACGCGAACGCCUGCUACAUCAAAUUGAAGAAUUGCGUGCAACUCCAUCAAAUGCUCACCGAAUAUUGCUUAAAAUUGGAGAAUAUAUUCACUAUAAUCGUUCUUGGCCACGUAAUGUUCCUUGCCAUUGUAAUAUGCCUCCUGGGAUUUCAGCUCUUUCUGGCAGACACACCUCCUUCGAAGAAAGUCAGUCUAGUACUCAACUUGGGUGGCACCUUUUUCCAAUUUUUAAUGUUCACGUAUAGCUGUGACAAUUUGAUACGACAAAGUGUCGAUGUUGGAAAUGCAGUAUUCUCAGGUCCAUGGGCAAAUCUGCCAAUGGAUAAAGUCGGUACCGUUGUACGCAAAAAUCUGAUUAUCGUUAUCAUGAGAUCGCACAGGGUUUGCAGUUUAACAGCUGGAGGAUUUUUCCCUAUUUCUCUGGAAACUUACACUGCGGUACUCAGUACUGCAAUGUCGUAUUUCACCCUGCUGAAACGUUCUUCUGACGUAGAGGAUACAUAA